AUGUCGCAGUCUUCGCAGUCUACGACGGAAGCUCCUACGACGGAAGCUCCAGCGUCAAACCUCGAGUCCCACUAUGCACUGAGCCAUAGCUGGGCCAGCUAUAUAGGUGCCCAGUUUACUGGCCAAGAAGUAUUGAGUCUGAGAGGGGCCGUCGAUAGACAUUUCAGACAAACCAACACCUCCAUGACCUCAUUGCAAAACGACCUUGCCCGUACCCAGCAACUUAUCGCGGCCGCUCUCGCCGAGUCUAAGGCGACGUCAGAGCGAAUCCUCUCUGAAGUUGCUAGUCUAAAGCAAGACCUCGUAAAGAUACACGAGAGCAUUGAAGCCAGAGGGCAAAAUCAGCCCAUCAUCAGCAAUACAAGCCUCGACAAUGAAGCCGAGGCUGGUGCGACCCAACCUGACACGCAAGAGCGCCAGACUGUUGUCAGCAAUACAAGCCUCGACGAUGAAGCCGAGGUAGCUGACAUGGCGACCCAACCUGACAAUUGGCAAGAGAGCCAGAUUGUUGUCCGCAAUGUUGACAAGGACAGCCAAGUUGUCAACGGCCAAGUUGUCAACAGCCAAGUUGUCAAGCAGAAAGGCGGCACGCGCUUGGCUGGCCGCUCUUUUGAACGGACCCUGCAUAGUAAUCGCGAGUUCAGACGCGUCUACCACUCUUCUAUCAAAGAAUACGAGAACAGCAAGCCAAUUUCCGACGUGGCGUUUAUGUGGAAAUUCAUUCACAGCAUCGACAACUUCGGUCUCUCACUACAUAUCCAGGAGUGGUUGGUCGCUGGCUUCCCCAAGUACGUAUAUGCGAGAAAGCAGAUACGGGGGCAAAGUGACGAGCACCACAUCACCAUAUCGCGCAAACUGUCAUGA